UUUACAGAACAAAAAGACUCUUCGGGCUGGUAAAGUAAAUAUCAGGAAACCAAAUCUAUAGCAUGCAUACCAUUACGACAGAGCGAUUGUUGAAGAAAGAAAAGAUGUCUGCUUCAACCGCUUUAAUCGUGGCUUUCGUUCUUUGGUCCAUUCGUCUUGUGCGAUCUGACUGCAGUCUUGGUUUGGGAAUGAUCACAGGCGACAUCCGGGAUUCUCAAAUAACUGCCUCUUCUUCAUUCUCAGAGUGGACGCAGCCAUUCGCCGGCAGACUUUGGAACACGAGACGCCUCCAUGGCCAAAUCUUUGGCGGCUGGUGUGCAACGGAUUGGGAUCGUAAUCCAUAUUUACAGAUUGACUUUGGACAAGAAAGUGUCAUAACUGCUGUAGCCACUCAAGGAUUGGACUAUCCGUCGGGAAACUGGGUCAAAAAGUACUCCCUGAACUACAGUUGCGAUGGGCUGAAUUGGAAAACCUAUCAAACAAUGGACAAGGCCACGGAGUUGGUUGGCAACAAGGAUGACAGUUCUGUAAUGACAAAUAAGCUGGAUAAAGCUAUCAUAGCACGAUUUAUUAGGAUACGUGUGCUGGAAUGGAAUGAGUAUGGCAUCGUUUGCAUGAGAGUUGAAAUGUAUGGCUGCAACACAGAAGAGGGUGAAUAUAAAGACUGCAGAACUGCUGCCGGAAUGGAAAGAGGCCAGAUACUAGAUGAACAGGUGGCAGCGUCCAGUUACAUUCAGGGGCACCACCCGUAUCAAGGUCGCCUCAAUAACGCAUUCAAGCAGGUCAACGGUUCCGCUUUUUGGGGAAGUUGGUGUGCACAGAACGAGGACGCAUCUCAGUAUAUCCAGGUUGAUUUGAAAGAACUACGUAAUAUCUCUGGUGUCGCGACACAAGGUUCUGUUAGCAUGGGGACCUGGGUAACAGACUACAUGCUCAAUUACAGUUCAGACGGCUUACAGUGGGAAACCUACAGUAACGAGACCGGAAUAGCGAUGACGCUGCGAGGAAACUGGGAUGAGGUCACAGUUCACAAGAACAUGUUCGAGCGACGUAUUAGUGCACGUUAUGUACGUUUUAAUCCAAGGGCCUGGAGACCACUCGGACAGAUUUGCAUGAGGGUAGAAAUUUACUUAUGCCAGGUCUAUCAAGGAUGUUUCAAGCCCACAGAGCGGACUCCACCCUCAACUACGACAACCUCCGCGGAUAAGACCCUUCCAUGUACAAGAAAAUCCACGCAAACCGCGACAAUAAAACCGAUUACCAAACGUGAAAACCCAACCGUUGCAAGUGAAAGCGUGGCUAGAAAACUUUAUUCAAAAGGAUUCCGUAGAAAAUCAACCGACACCAUUUGCCUUAUAGCAGCGUGGUUUUUGCUGAUGGCGAAUUUGUUUGUGGAUUAGCUGAUUACAAGGAAUUGGAUUUCAUGCCCGACUAGGAAUUUCGCUAGUGGCAUAAGAAAUGAAUUUCGAUUCAUUAGACCACAAAGAAGUUGGAUAAAGAAUAGAGCUGAUACGGAGCUCCAAGCUCAAUACUGCAGAGUAAAACUGAGAUAAUUUUGACACAAAGGGAAUAAGAGGACAUCAAAGUAUUUCGAAGGCUUCAAGAUCUUCACGGCAUCAUAUAAAGUUCACAUACAUAAAUAGUUUUGCAUAAUAAAAAAGAACGAUGAAAAGAUACAAAGUGCGGCAACACUGAUGUAGAAUACACAUUUUUUUUUUAACAAUUAAAAAAGCUACAAAUCA